UUUCCGCUUGAACGCGUGUCACGUGACACUUCAUCAGCUACACCUGCGCGUAUGGUUGAAUUCUGCCUUUACGAGGACGGCAAAGGCUCGCCCAGAACACUUUUUAAUCCUACCGAGUGAUCUGAAAUUAUUUUUUAAAUCAUAUGGAGUUAACUUUGUGUAUGAAAUGCGCGACGGUAUCAAAACAAAACAAAAAAACAUGCCUUUGGCGAGCCCGAUGGGAAAAGCUAAUGCCCCGCGCAUGUGCCACCCUGUCCCAGAGGAUUCUGUCACAGCCUUCGUCUACCAUGACAGUCUCAACCCAAUAGGGUGGGAAAAUUGCGGCGAGCUUCUCCCGACAGGAGCUGGUGUGGAAAGUUCGACACACGAGCGGUGGGAUUCUCGGCCGGCCGCGGCGGGGGACCCGACGCGAGGCCACCUUCGACGUCUCGUGGGCCAUGGGAGCCGCGACGGGAGCGGACGACGGGGAUCGCCCUCAGGUCGGCUCCAUUCGUUCCACCCGCGCCUCCCCAUUGAUUCGCUUCCAGCGCUUCCGUCGUCCGAGGGCAUUGGAUGUGCGCGUGAAAGUCGCCUGAGUCAUGGAGCCCGAGUGGAACUGCAGCUCUCGCUGCGAUUCCCCGGCCUGCCUCGGCCGCUCGGGGGUCCGCAGGCAGCAGGAGAGCGCGGAGGUCCUGCAGAGACUGUGCAACCUCAGCCGGGUGGCCACGGACUUCCCGAGACGCUCGCUUUCCCCGGUUCUGAGCGCCGUGGUGUGGACGCUGCUCUCCUGCGGCAUCCUGGUGGCCUUCUGCUUCCUGCUCUUCACCCUGCGCUUCAAACACAACAGGAUAGUGAAGAUGUCCAGUCCCAACCUGAACAUGCUGAGCCUGUUGGGAAGCGUCCUCGCCUACAUCAGCGGCUUCCUGUUCGCCGUGGACACGCCGGCGCAGCCCCAGUUCGGCGCUUCGACCGCCGUACUGCACGCUCGGGUGUGGACCCUGUGCCUCGGCAGCACCAUGGUGUUCGGACCCAUUUUGGGGAAAACCUGGCGGCUGUACCGAGUAUUCACCCAGAGAGUGCCCGACAAGAGAGUGAUCAUCCGAGACAUUCAGCUAAUGGCCAUGGUGGCUCUCUUGAUCCUGGUGGACCUGCUGGUCCUGACUGCCUGGAACCUCUCAGACCCCAUCCGCUGUUCUCGAUCGCUCGGCGCAGUCGUUAAGAUGGCGGAGAAGGAAAUCUCCUGUUCAUUGUCCCAACUUGAUUCCUGCUCGUCUGCAUACUCGAAUCUGUGGGUUAUCAUUAUAGUUUUGAAAAAGGCGUGCCUCCUGCUAUUCGGCACUUACCUGGCCGGCCUGACCAGCGACGUCAGCCACCCUCCGGUCAACCAGACUCCCACCAUCCUCACCGCCGUCACUUUGGUCACCCUCUGCUCCGGCGUGGUCGUCCCCGUGGCCGUCUUCAUGGCGUCCUGGCCCAACGUGGUCUACGGCGCCGUGGCCGGCGCCAUUUUCAUCUGCACGCUGGCGACCAACUGCAUGCUCUUUGUGCCCCAGCUGACGGAGUGGCGGCACUUUGAGGAGGAUCACAUCAACCCGAGUCAGAUGGCCAAGUACUUCAGCAGCCCUAGUAAGAGCCAGCCUUCAGUCUACAGCCAGGACGACGUCUACUUCCUCCUCGGGGAGAACAGCUCCAUGAAGAAGCUCCUCAGUGAGAAGAACGCCGUGAUUGACAGCUUGCAAGAACAGGUGAGCAACGCCAAAGAUAAGCUUCUGCGUCUGGUGUCGGCCAGCCAGCCCAUCGAGGAGCAGGAUGUGGACAACCGCCCCUCCUCUUCCACUCAGACUGCAGAAUUGCAGUCUUGUCACCUUCCAGGUUCUCUACCUCAUAGUGGCUUCAAGUCCACACUGUCACCACCGCCGCCCGUCUCCCCUCGUCUCGACACUGUUGCGUCGUCACCUGGUGGUCUGGGAUCUUCUGAUUGUCCACCUUUGCCUUGCUCCGUAACCCCCGCUGCUGCCCCAUUUCCUCUUUCUGGUGGGUUGGAUACAGGCCCAUGCAAGUCCAUAACGGAAGACCCACUACUGUUUUCGGGGUUUCUUAGGACAACAGAGGAGACGGUUCAGUUUGUCAACUCCUUACAAUCCCCCAGACUUUUGAACCCUUUUGAGGUUGAAAUGUUUAGUAAUGGAUCAACAUCCCCGUUGGGACCAAACACCAGACCGGCUGGUUUUGUUAGUAGCGAGAAGUUGCAGGAGAUCCUUCAAGAACUGAGUGUGGACACGGUCUUGGAAACUGUUCUAAAAUCUGCGAGGAGGCCUUCUUCCCACGGCAAACUUACAGAGAACUCGUCACUCUCCCCGAUCUCUCUGCGGACCCUGCGUUCACCCAAGCCUCCUUUAGUCUUCCGCUAUCCCAGCAUCUCCCCCUACGCCAUGAGGAAACGUCGACCGCCCUUCCGCUCGCCCAGACGUGGUUAUACGCCGCCUUGCCUCCACGCCGAGAGGCGGAUGAGGGACGACUGUCAGAAUCUAAGAAAACACCCCGAGGGAGUCAACCUGAACGGAGGAGUCACUAUGGAUGGUAGCAACUGCCGGGUUCCCAGCUGCGACCUUGAUGUGCAGGAUGAGGAUGUUAGAAGUCCGGCAUCAAGGCCUCACAGGUGUUCUACACAGCACAUCAGUCUGUCCGACGUAGAAACGGGUGGCGACACCAAAGAGCACCCCUCCGGACACGCAGCAGACCCCCGCACGUACUGGGACUCGGACUCGAGCAGCUCCGCCGACUACUGCUUCUACCACCGACCUUACUGUGACUCCUGCCUGCAGCGAGGCUCGCUCCUGUCCUCGGACUCCUCAAACUCCUCGGACAGCGAGUACGAAAGUUACGAUCUCUACCGCUCCGCACGUCCGGUCGUGUUCAAGGAAGACCUAAAACCCACGUUUGUGUAAAAACCACUUUCUGCAGUGUUUUCACUCAACUCUAGAGAUUUGAGUACCAAUGAAGCUCAUCUGGAUUUAGCUUCGCUGAAUUCACUUGACUACAUUUUGUAUUUAAAUAGAAUUAAUAUUCCAUUCCGUAAAUUAUGUUACAAUACGUGCUGUACGUGGAAAAUUGUUUCUUAAUUUGGCGACCUUGAGCUCUGGUCCAAACAAACUCACCCAACCCUAAGUUUGGCUAAAUAAAUAAAUGACAUAGUGAUUUGAUUUUGAAAAAUCAUAUGUAACCUGUGCAAACUACAACUUUGCAAACGAUAACUGCCAAGCAACAAAUACAUCUCUAUAUUAAAUAGCAGCUUGGCAGAAAAAACAAACCAAAACGAAACAUACACGUGCAGAAGGGUGAAAACGGAUUUGAGAUGCAUAUAUAUGGAGUAGUCAAAUUCAAGAUGGGCUCUAUUUAUUGUUAUUUAUUUCAAUGUGUUUUGAAUCUGUUUCACUGAAGCGAGUCAAACGCAAAUGUUUUACACGCAGUGCAGUAUAACUUGUCAUGACAGAGUACCAAGAGAGGAAAUGUUGUACUGCAUGCGCAAGUCUGGUGUGGCAGAGAACUAUUUUAGAAUAGUACAGGACAUGUAUGAGGGCAACAGAACAGCGGUGAGAUGUGCAGUAGGUGUCAGAAAAAUUUAAGGUGGAGUUGGGACUGCAUCAGGGAUCCGCGCUGAGCCCCUUCCUGUUUGCGGUAGUAAUGGAAAGGCUGACAGAUGAGAUUAGACCGGAAUCCCCUCGGACUAUGAUGUUCGCAGGUAUUGUGAUCUGCAGGGAAAGUAGGGAGCAGGUGGAGGAACAAUUAGAAAGAUGGGAGGAUGCACUGGAAAGGGGAGGAAUGAAGAUUAGCUGACCUGGCAAUCCUCUCACGCUCAUCUGUUCUUAUGUAAUAUUUGUUUUUGUUUUUUUUUUUUACUGAAGGGGAGCCUCUAUUGCAUGAAGAGGUCAACAAGUAUGCAAAGCGCCAGUGGCUAGAAACCAGACUACAUUUCUAUGGUUCUUUGGUACCCUUUAUUUGUUUGGUUCGCCAUUUGUAAAGCGAGAUCAUUAAGUAUAUGGGGAAUUCUUUUUAUUUUUUUUUUUUUUUUAGUGCCCAUUUAUUUUGGUCUCGCCGUAUCUUUGAUUUAUUUUUGCUCGACUGGCUCUUUCUUCAUUCUUCAUAUUGAAGCACUGGGGGGGGGGGGGGAUUCUCUUUGUAGCGUACAACAGAGGCGACACAAACCGCACAAAAGCCUCUCCGCCGGCUUUCGUGUGUGGGAGGAAAGACCAGCUAAGAUUAGCCCGUUAUUUUAUUUUUUUCAUAUGAAGCCCACUGGCACACUUACAGAGGAAUGGUGGAGUUAAGACGGCCGCGUGAAUACAUCAGACUCGGCGAUAAGGCAGAACGCACUUGGAACUCCUACGCUAAUCUAAGUCAAUGUUCUGUUUUUCGAUAUAGAUAGAAUUGGGUAAACUGCUUAACUCAAUAAAAUGGUUCUCUAGAGUGGUGAUUCUCAACUGGUGGGUCGCGAGCCCAAGUUGGGUCCCUUGCGUGUAGGUCAUAAAAAAAAAAUAGUUCAAAUGUUACGUAAGCUGUAGCAAACCUUACUGCUUUUUAUUGAAUUGUUUAAUAUUUAUGGCCUGUAAAUGUUUUUCAUGCAAAACAUUUAUUGCAAUUAGGACUUAAACACUGUGUUAGCAUAGGUUAGCGAUAGACUGCGGUGUGUGUCGACGAAUUUGGGUUAUGUCACCAGAGUAGGAGCAGUGAAAUAUUUAACCCCCAUGUCCCGUUAUUUUGACCGGCAUGCAUCAGAAACUUUAUUGAUUUGCGUGUUAAAACAACAUUUAGUGGCAUUUAAACCGCCACGGCGACUCAGCUGGUAAUGGGGCAAUGUUCAUACUCUU